CUAGUAUAGCAACGGUAAACGACAGCCUAUCCUAAUCCGGGUAGCAUGCGGAGUAUAUCACACUGUAAGACUUACAAGAAGACGUAAGCUGUAGGGAUAACUACUGUUGAUUUCGCAUCAAAGCCGGCCCUUUUGCGUCGAGAACUUGCAUACAUACAUACAUUAUCGAUAACCAGCAGAGUGAGCUCCAAUGUCUUCUGCUAGCGGAUCACCACCACAACUGUCGGGACCCGGCAUCUUACAGACUUUUGUCUCCAUCCCGCAAUCAUCGCAACUCGCAGAAGACACCCUUCUGCAGUUCCUCGACAAUGUGUAUACCCCCGCGCUCAUCGAGACCGGAGUUGUGGAGUCUGUAAGGAGAUACAAGGCCGCCAAUCCAGCGUACGAUAAGCAGCACAUGAUAGUCUACAAUGUGCCCGAUUUAGCACCUCUACUGGCUGGCAAGCUUCAGAAAGUGCCAAGGACCAGCGAGACUUUCCCAACGAACGGGCCGGUUGAGGACUUUGUCGAAUUUGAGUCGAGGAUCUUCUCAUUGGCACAGGUCUAUCAGACUGUCGAGCACCCCGAAGAUGCAACUACAACGAUCAUAUAUGCAGCCAUGGAAACACAACCAGGCGGCGAAGCUGAUCUGGAGGCAUGGUAUCAGGAGGAACACAACCAACAGAUGUCCGAGCAACCGGGAUGGAAACGCACGGUGCGUUACAGUCUGUUAACUCAGUACCGGCCUGAUGGGAAAGAUGCUCAACGCAUGUCGUUCUUGGCCAUCCAUGAGUUUGGCGAGGGACAUAAACUGGGACAGGACGUGGCUCCUUUGGACCCAAUUACGGAUUGGACCAAGAAGUGUAUGAGUGAAGCGAAGGCCAUUGAUGCUGCGAUUUAUGAGAAAGUCAAGGUUUUUGGGAAGGUAGCUGGUAGCUAAAUCCAGGCAUGCUUGAAAUUAGUGGUCCGCUGUCAAGAAGUAGAGCGUAGGGUUGUGCAUUCGACAGCGAAAACAAUAGAUCCUGUCUUUGGUCAUACUCGAUAAUACAUACGUGCAGGUAGUUAAUAUUUCUUGCUGCUGGAUAAUUCAAGUAGGAUCAGGAAUAUUCGAAAGAGUACGCAUAUAGGCGGAUGGCUCCAGUCAGCAGACGAGAGAACUCUAGAUAAACUC